AUGGCAUGUGAAUGUGGUCCGACACCGACGACGAUCGAGCGAGGGAAACCUGCCUCCCAAACGUCGAGCUCAACGAGCUCGGAGCUCAUCAUCCUCAGAGCGCGCCCUAUAUACGCGACCUUUGUCGACUCUGAAUUGUAUCCUUCCACGCCCGCGCUCAACAUGUCUCUCAUGACCUUUUCGCGUCAUACUGUCAAGCAACUCAAAUUCGUGCUUCCCGGGGGUCUCCUUACAUACUAUUUCGACAGCUGGAACGUCCUGCUGCGUAUCCUGAAUGGGCAGGCUGGAGAGGGGCGUUGGAGUAGGCUGUCUGCACGUCUGUCGAUAUUCUCUGCCGCAAUAACGGUCUCCUCGUUUCUGUACGUCUUGGCUUUGCCUUUAGUGCGAGGAGAACAGCCAAACUAUCGGUCCUGGAGGCAGUCUGGCGUCCUCUCUACCGUCAUACCUGUCAUGACCGUAUCUAUAGUCGCCGGUUGGUCUCUGCUGGUGUACACGCUAGGCCAAUGGUCGAGUCUGGGAUACCUCGAAGGUAUCAUAGCUGCCACCGCCUUGUAUGCACUCGCAUUCGGCCUCCUGGGCCUCAUUCCCGCGCCACGGGUGCGCAGGCAAUGAGGGCGUGCGUCGUUUUGUAUCGUUGGAUCUCCAUCUGCUCUCAUCCCACACAAUCUCUAUGUAUUCGCACAUUUUCACGCCGUCGUAUCCUAUCCGGUCCUUUCG